GUGCCGUGCCGUGCCGUGCCGUGCCGGGCUGGGCUGUGUUGAGCAGUGCCGAGUCGACAUAAAGCGUGCGGAGCUGCGCUGGAGACCUACACAAAGAUGGCCACAGUUUCCCUUGGCUUCAACAUCGACUCCCCACGCUGGGACCAGAGCACCUUUGUGGGGCGCCUGAAGCACUUUCUCAACAUCACCGACCCUCGGACAGUGCUGGUGCCGGAGGAGGAGCUGGACCGGGCCAAGGCCCUGGUGGAGGGCUGCAGGGCUGGGCUGGUGCCACCAGGAAGCAGCCAGGAGCAGCUGCUCUAUGCCAAGAAGCUGUACGACUCAGCCUUCCACCCUGACAGUGGUGAGAAGAUGAACCUCAUUGGGAGGAUGUCCUUCCAGGUGCCGGGGGGCAUGGCCAUCACUGGCUGCAUGCUCCAGUUCUAUCGGACAGUGCCUGCUGUGAUUUUCUGGCAGUGGGUGAACCAGUCGUUCAAUGCCUUUGUCAACUACACCAACCGCAACGCUGCUUCCCCCAUCUCUCUGAGGCAAAUUGGGGUGGCUUAUGUCACGGCCACUGGUGCAGCCCUGGCCACCGCAGUGGGACUCAACCUCUACACCAAGCGAGCCCCUCCCUUGCUGGCCCGCUGGGUCCCAUUUGCAGCUGUGGCUGCUGCCAACUGUGUCAAUAUCCCCAUGAUGCGGCAACAGGAGAUCAUCAACGGGAUCACAGUGACAGAUGAGAACAACAACGAGCUCGGAUGCUCCAGGAGGGCAGCAGUGAAGGGCAUCGCACAGGUUGUGCUCUCCAGGAUCACCAUGGCAGCACCAGGCAUGAUUAUUUUGCCCAUCAUCAUGGAGCGGCUGGAGAAAUUCCCCUUCAUGCAGCGGAUCCGGGUUCUCCACGGGCCUCUGCAGGUGCUGCUCUGCGGGGGCUUCCUCCUGUUCAUGGUGCCAGCAGCCUGCGCCCUCUUCCCCCAGAGAUGCUCCCUUGCACUGGCUGAUCUCGAGAUGGAGCUGCGUGACAGUAUCGUGGCCAAGCAUGGGGACAAAGUGCCUUACGUCUAUUUUAACAAAGGACUGUGAAUGGAGACUACCUCAGGAACCAUUGCACCC